GGGGUAGCCUUUACCGUAGGUACAUUUUAUGCUCAUUUGUUAGGGUGUUCUAGGAAUCCCUACGUAAGAUUUCACGGUAGUGUAAAUAUUUUAUUUACGCUAAGAAGUGAUUAUAAGUGA